GAAGCACCGGAAUCUCUUUGUUCGCCUACGGAGCUUGAGAGCUUGCCGGCUUUGGAGUUAGGAGAAGAACCCCAGGUCGACCCCAAGAAUGAUGUUGCUCCCACUGAGCUUGAUUCAUCUGUGUCCCGUGAUGAGAUUGAACCCAAUGAAUCCAGUCACGAAAUGAUGAUGGAGGUGGAAGCUAGGAACCAGGACGUGCCAAGUCCGGGUGACUCUGCACCCUGUUCGCCUGAGCCAGAUGUCCUUCGCCGACGUGACCAGCUCAUGGCCAGCCGUGGUGACUCUCCAGCUGCUAAAGGGCGUGGGCGUGGGCGUGGAAAGGGAAAGGGAAAGGGUCGUGGGCGGGGCCGUAGUGCCAAAAAAAGUGUUGAGACUGAAGGGGAUGAGCCAGCCCCCAAGAUUCCCAAGAGCAGAGCGAAACGAUCCAAAGAACCCAAGAGCCAGAGUGUUGCUGAGGAUCCCCAACAUGAUCCACCAACUAAGAAGACACGGGAGAGGAAGGGUCGAGCAGCUUCAGCAUCAGCCAGCAGCAAGAGAAAGGCACCUGACACAAAGCAGGCAGAACCUGAGGUUGAGGGGAAGGAGGAUGCUGUACCUGCGCCCCGCAAAAAACGGGCCCCCAAGACCAAGAAGGGUGAAGAAGAGACAGACCUGGUCACCCCCCCGCGCAAGCACGAGCAGCCUGAGCAGAGCAAACCAACACCUCCCAAGGCCGCCAAGGCCAAACCCCAAGUCGUGCUUUCGGAGGAUGACAAGGAAUCCAUGAAAAAAGGCAUUCAGACCUUCGACCAUUCCACCGUUGUUCCCUAUUGGUCCAGGGCAGCUGCAGGAUUGAAGGUUACGACGGAAGCUGGAACCAGCCAGGCUAAGCUGAUUGACCUGCACGGUGGUGACUUCACCAAGGAGUCUGUGGUGCUGAGGUGGCGUGAUAUCAAAACCGAUGUCCAGCAGCUGAAACAGCACAAACGUGCUAUGGACUAA